AUGUCAGAUAUAAGCAUUCUUCGUCAAGGAAUUGAAGAAAUAAAAAUAAAUCGAGCUGAUCAUAGUGAUAGUGAUGAUGAUAGCAUGGAGAUUUCCAAGACAGACACAAAGGAUCUAUCUCACAGACGGCUAUUUUCUUUAAAGCCUGUCAUCAAAGGUUUGCUCUUUGCAGAUUCAGGUAGUUCAGUUUCUUCAAACGACCUAAAAGAAAAAUAUCCUGAUAUGAAAGAAGAAGAAAUUGUAACGUGUCUGUUAAUUGUCAACAGAUUGA